UAUUAUAAAUCUGCCACAAGGUGUCACUGUUUAGCUGUAUCAGCACAUUUUCCUUUGUCACCCAAACAAAACACAAACACAGAUAUGUAGGCCUUCAUGAAACCUGACAUUAAGUGUCUAUUUCAAUUGUUCAAUAUUAUACUAUUGUUCUAAUUGUGGUUUUGCUAUGCAGUCUAUUUUAAGACUUUUAAAUCCAUCCAUCCUUCAAUUUAUAAAUCAAUACCUUAAUGGCGUUCAGUGAUGAUAUUGUGAAUUUAGCAGAGGCUGCUGAACACUCAGUGGUGUUUUAGUUUAAUUUCUUUAAUAGUUGGAGUUGGUUAUUAGCAUUGGCUGUUAGCAAUCUUACAGUUUGUAGAAUGUUUGCUGCCUUUCUCUAGUGACAUAGUUCCUACAGUUUGAACCAGAUUCUUUCACAGCCACUGAAGGUGUGAAAUGAAGAUUCAAAGCUGGACCUUCACUGAUCUAUGUUCUUGCUUGCCACAGUUUUUCUAUUAGGAUAAAGAUUUCACAAUUUAAAUCUGCCAUUCAUACAAAAUGACACUAGCUGACAUUAAACAGUCUUGCUACGGCCAACUGGAGGAACAAAAUCAUCAAGCGACUAUACCAGGGUGGCAUACCGGAAAAUGGGUUCGGGUUUAAACCUUAACUACGACACUGCGGUAAAGACAAGGGCGGCAUACCGGAAAAUGGGUUCGGGUUUAAACCUUAACUAUGACACCGCGGUAAAGUUAAUUUCAUAUUCAGUUUUCCGGCUGUAAUAUCUUUCAACAAAAUCAAGCAAAACAACUUGGUUUUAGAGGUUUUUUAUGGGCGAAUUUUAAUGAAUAUUUCAGUGUUUGUGUAUGCGCUUCACGUUCUAUACCAUAGUUUCACUUACGCACAGUACCUGCGCUGAAUGAAAACAGGGCGAUUAUUAAUGAAGACGUAUGGAAACUAAUAAAUCACAAAGUUACGUGGUGUACCUACAUUGUCCCCCAUCACACUCAGUGACAAAAAAGUUAAGCACCCAGAAGAAAUGGUUCAAUUUGGAUGUAAUUUGGUCCACGUGCAGACCAGCGAUGGGUAUGUAAAUAAUUCGAUUUGCUAGGAGCUGACAUGUCUAGUCACCAGACACAGACGAUGCCGCGUAGACGCAUUAGACAGCAUUACCAGCACUUGACGGGGUUGAGUGUCGUGCAAUUGCCCGGCAUGUGGGGCAUGCAGAUGUCACAGUCACCCGAUGUUGGAACCAAUGGGCAUGCGAGGGCACCCACACACGUCAUGAAGGUUCUGGUUGCCGAAGACAGACCACACCAAAGGAGGAUCGUCGUAUUGCGCACCAAGCAUUACAGAACCCCAUGACAUUGGCGCCUGCCACCUGGAUUCAGGAAUUGGACUCUCUACAACACCCUGUGCCAUCCCACACCGUGUCUCGACGACUGGCAUCAGCCGGACUAUGGGUUCACCAUCCCAUGCAUAGGCUGCCAUUAACACCAGCACAGAGACGGCUACGGGGGACCCUGACGGCACAGUGCUACGAAUGACAUCUUGCGCCCGCAUGUCUUACCCCUCCUGAGACAGCAACAGCACCCUGGUACAAGACAACGCCCGUCCACACACAGCUCGCCUGUCUAUAGACUGCCUGCGUCAUGUUGAGGUCGUCCUGUGGCCAGCCAGGUCCCCCGAUCUUUCCCCAAUCGAACGUGUGGGAUCAGCUCUGACGUCAGCUCAGACCCAGUGCCAAUCUGCAGGAUCUCGUGGGCCAGUUACAACAGCUGUGGGCCGACUUGCAGCAUGAGAGGAUACAACGGCUGUAUGACUCCCAUCCACAACGUAUUGCCGCAUGUAACCAGGCCUGGGGGGUGCCACACCCUACUGGCAUGGGUCCAGCAGUGUGCCCAUACUGCCAACUCUGCUGUCCGUUUGAUAUGAUAUGCUACACAGUCAUAUCACCUUUCACCACGUGCAGAUUAAUUUAAUUUCCACCACUAUGUCUGGGUGCUUAACUUUUUUUGUCACUGAGUGUAUUUAAAGCACACUUGGACAUGUCGUGCCUUUAGGUUUAUACUUCUUAGUCUGCUAAUUCUAUCUUUCAUACUUUAAACAAACAGUAUAGUUAUUACUAGUAACAGGAAAGUACUGCAAGAGAACGCAAAACUACUUAAAAAAUAUUAUCCCACCUUGACCUCUUAGGGGCUCUGUAACUGUGCUCAGAACAGAUACACAAAUUAAUAUAUCUGAAUCUAAAAUAUCUAAGGACAUCUGGAUAAAUCCUGCUAUACUGCUGUGCUACUCUUGAGUACUGUGCUUCAACCAGGCCUGCUCCAGCUGGGCCUCAGGAUUCGGAUAGGGGGACAUGAGGUGGGGGCGGGAGGGUGAAUAAGACCCUUUUUAGUUCAGAGUAGGCCUACCUUAUCAUUGCCCCUCCCCCUACCCCCAUGCAGCUGCACUAAUAGCAUCAAUGAUGUAUAAAUGACUAUGGAGGCUGCUGUAUAGGGACUGCUAAUCAUUAGCAUUGUGUCUCUUUGUCUAAUUAGAUUUAAUUAUCAGAUUUAACUAAUUUGGGGUAUAUACUAUAAAAUAUGCAUAAUGUAAAUAAAAAAUUUGUUAGGCAAGGUUUGAAAUGUUUAAUUCUUAGAUAGGAGGCCAUUGUAUAGAUUUGCCGAGGACUCUUUGUGUUCUAAAGACUGAUUUGUCCCGGGCUUUAGUGAAUGUCAGUCAUCCUGGUGCACAAGUCCUUGUGAAAUAUUGGAUGUGAUGCUGGGAGAGAAACUACACUACAGCGUUUGUAUAGACUUAGAACUUGCAGAUAGAGCGCAACCAGUGGGCAAGACAGGUAUGAAACCAUUGGGUUCUCAGUUUUAGUCUCAAAUUAGAGACUGACAGUUGACUCAUAACAGACACUAUUCCCAAGAGGGAAUUAUCAAACGCAUUUUCCACAUCCAUGGCCAGCUCUACGACUCGUGCAGAGAGCCGACGGCAACGAGGCACUGAAUGAGGAAGCAUUUUAUUUGGUCAGGAGCUCACCCCUCCAGGGCACUGCGUGGCGUAGCUGCUGCCCAUGGGUUCCAGAGAAGAGCUGUUUCCUCUGACAGUCACCAGCGGCUCCUGAAUCACACAGAGGGAUGCAUGCAACAGUCAUUUUGGUGCAGGUGAAUCCGGGUGAGGCAUUUACAAUUCAGCGAGAAGAUGGUCACUGUCAGUGUAUCACAGGCCCAGCUCAGGUCCCUAUGAUGUCCCCAAAUGGUUCUGUGCCUCCAAUUUAUGUGCCUACAGGAUACAUUUCCCAGAUCAUCGAGGAGAAUGGCGUCCGACGUGUCCUGGUCAUACCUCAGCCAGAUUUUCUUCUGGGGGCCCCAUCUGCUCUGCACCACCCUCUGCCCCCACUCCCCCCCCACCUACCGGCCUUUUUGCCACACCCAGUCGUGCUGCACCCCUCACUCCCCCCGGUAUUUUCGGGCGGGGCUGGAGACCUCGCAUCUCAGUACAUGUCACACUACCACGCUGGUCACGUUUUUUCUGAGAUCGACUCCUAUCCUGUGCAGAGAUGCCCUCCUUUUGCUCCAAGGGAUGACAGGGCAGGGAAAACGUACGGCCGCCUGCAGAAGAAGCUGAAAGAGCGGCUGGGUGGCGGCAGCAGUCUAAGCCCCACCGGCGAGGGGGCGAGGAGUCCGUCUCCGUCGCCACAGAAAGCCUACAGCACUCCAUCUCCGAAUAAGAUGUGCAAUGGUGGUCAGGGGGCAGAGGCGGAGAAGGAAACGGGUCAGGAUGGUGAAACGCAGACAGCGUGGAUUAAUGAGGGCUGCAAGGGGGGAGAGAACCUCGGUGUGGAUGCGGAAUCAGAAGACCUCGAUGAGGAAUCUUUAGCUCUGCGAGCUGCACUGUCUACAAUCAGCAAACCAAAAGUGACUGAUGUUCAAGCAAGCAUGGCAUUGUUAUCCUGGAGUGCCCCCGUCCCACCAGACAAUGUGGACGGUGGCCUAGAGGUCCAAAAUGAGCUCCGCAAAGCUCUGAGUUAUGAGGUCAUCAUUUCCUGUGGGGAUGAGAAGGAUGGGAUGUACCAUGUGGUGUACAGAGGUGAUGAACUAAGCUCGAAUUUAGAAGAAUUAAGACCAGCGACGGACUACAAUGCAAGGGUCCGCGCUGUAUGUCGACAUUUACGUGGUGAUCCCUCAGAAGGUGUCACCUUUACCACUCUCAGCUGUGCCCCCGACACCCCCAGCGCCCCCUGGAGGACAGGUGGAACUAAGAGCACCAUCACCUUGCAGUGGAAGGCUCCUUCUGACAAUGGUUCCAGAAUCGACAACUACAUGCUACAGUGGGAUGAGGGGAAAGGAACAGAAGAAUUUGAGCAGUGCUACUACGGACCAGAGGAAGAGUAUCAAGUGUGUGAUUUAAUGCCUUCCUCAAGAUACUGCUUUCGCAUCGCAGCCAAAAACGAAAAGGGUUUGAGCAGCUUCAGUGAAGUGGCUGAGAUGUUCACCUCCGGGGGCGUGCCCAGUGCCCCCCCUGCUCCAGAGCUGACUAAGUCCGGAGCCAGCUGGCUGAGCUUACGGUGGCAGCCGUCUCCAGCUCCCCCCAGUGGGGACACUGUGAAGUACAUCCUGGAGGUGGAUGAAGGCGCCAUGGGAUGUCAUUUUCAGCCGAGAUAUGAUGACUACAAAAGCAGCUGCACUAUUGAAAACCUUCGGCAGAACGCAAAGUACAAGGUCAGGGUGAGAGCUUAUAACACAGAAGGCAAGAGUGACCCCAGCAUGGUUUUGGAGUUUACCACCUGUCCGGGGUGUCCCGGGGGGCUUGCCGUGAGGGGUGCAGUGCUGCCCACCAGCUUCGGAGUGAUCUGGGAACCCCCCAACGAUGAUGGAGGAUCAGUAGUUAUCAAGUACGUGCUGGAAAAAUCAGCGGACUUAAGUGGUAACUCCUGGGAGCCAGUAUAUAGUGGGCCAGCUGUGGAGUAUCAGCUUGAGGACUUGAAGCCUGGUGCCACCUACCAGGCAAGGGUCCACUGUGUCAGUGAAGCAGGCCGCAGUGAGCCGUCAGACAUCCUGCGCGUGCAGACCCCUGCAGUGCCCCCAGGGCCGUGUCUCCCGCCCAGGGUGGUAGGGAAGCCGAAGGCACGGGACGUCCAGCUCCGCUGGGGCCCACCGCAUGAAGACGGGGGCAGCGCUGUGACCUGUUAUACCUUGGAAAUGGGAUGCACGCAUGACGAGGCGUAUAGGGAGGUGUACCAGGGUCCCGAGCUGGACUGUACUGUCACCGGCCUGCUGCCGGCCACGUCUUACAGCUUCCGUCUGCAAGCGAGCAGCAAAGCUGGGUCUGGGCCGUACUCUGACUGCUGUGAGGUGAUCACCGGACCAUGUGCUCCAGAAGCAGGUAGAAACCCCCAGGCGAUCUGCAGAUCUCCUACCUGUGUACUGGUCAGCUGGGAGAGUCCGCCCUGCAAUGGUGCCCCGGUGACUGAGUUCCGUCUGGAGAGGGCCGUAGCUGACGGCAGCAUGCACGUGUGCUACUCAGGACCUGGGACCAUGCACGAGCUCAGGGGCCUGCAGCCGGCCACUACUUACUACUUCCGGGUUCAAGCGGUGAACGCGAUGGGCGCCGGCCCCUUCAGCGAAGCCACACCCUGCCAGACCCCCAGCUCAGUGCCCGCGGCUGUCGGCAGCAUCCAGGCCCUAAGCGAACCAGAGCUGCUGAAGGACCCGGGACCAGACGCGGUUUACUGCCCUUCCUCCUGCCUGGGUCUGCGGUGGGAGGCGCCCUGUGAGCACGGUGCAGAGAUCAUCUCCUACAUCAUCGACCUUGGUGAGCGUCAGCCCAUCCAGGUGGGACGCAUCACGAGAUACAUCAUCCAGCACCUGCAGCCCGACACUUCCUAUAAGAUACGCAUCCAGGCCCUAAACAGCCUAGGUGCUGGCCCCUUCAGCCCCACGGUGAAGAUGAGGACCAGGCCCCGCCCCCCGCAGCCACCGCGCCUCGAGUGUAUCGCCUUCAGCCAUCAAACGCUCAGGCUGAAGUGGAGCGAGGGCUGUAUCCGGGCUGCCCAGUCAGAAGUCCUGCAGUACCAGCUCCAGAUGCAGGACAGGAACGGCAGGUUCAUUUGCUUGUACAGGGGCCCAUGCCACACUCAUAAAGUGCAGAGGCUGGUCGAGUCUACCUCUUAUAACUUUCGCAUCCAAGCUUUCAAUGAUGGAGGAGAAGGCCCUUUCUCCGAUGUCUACACGUUUACCACCUUGUGCUGCCCCCCUGCCCCUCCCAAAGCCCCACGACUAGAGCGUCUGGAUGAUUACACCUGUGAUGUCAGCUGGGAGGCUGUGCCCCUCAUGAAUGGGGAUCACAUUAUGUACACGCUGCAGUGCAUGCUGGGAAACACAGAGUUCAAACAGGUCUACAGGGGAUCCGCGACAUCCUAUCGAGCCACAGGUCUGCACCCCAGCAAUGAGUAUCGCUUCAGGGUUGGCGCCAUCCGGCAGUGCAGCUCACCACCUGACCUGUCAGGGCCAUACAGCAGCAUCGUCAUGCUCUUACCCCUUUGCGUUGAGGGGGCUGCGGAUGCCGGCAUCGGCGGGACAGAGGCGGGUGAGGCCGGCUGUAGCCUGACGGACGAGCAGUGUGCCGCCUUAAUCUUGGCGCUGUUUGCCGUUACCUCCAUCCUCAUCGCUGUCGUCAUCCAGCAUUUUGUCAUCAAGUGAGGCCUGUCUGACCACAGACCAUCCGCCUUCACAUUGAUCCCGCAUCCCUUUCUUCCCCAUGAACCCUGUACUCAGUGGUUCGCGAGAUACAAACAGGACAGAAACAGCUAGAGCAUUAAAUCCUAGAAAAGUCAACGCAGUUUUGAAACUUUAAUGUGCUGUUGUGCCGUCGUCGUCAACCUUCCGGUGCUGCUGUAGCUAUAUUAAUUUCCAUUUUUAUUUUCAUUUGGUCAUUACCUAAGAGUAAAGCGGAGAUUCAACUAGAUUAUUUGAUCUUAUAUUCCAAGUUUAAGAAGCUACAGCAGUCAGUUGUACAAUAGGCUUUCUGCCUUAGUCUUUAUAGAAGAAAAUAAUAAUAAUAUUUCAAACUUGUGAUAAAGUACGUUUGCACUGUCUGCAGAUGCUGAGCAUCUGACACGGAAUCCUGUUGAUUAUGUUGCUGUAAACCAUGGUUAUGUUAAUGCCGUGUAAGCAACAAAAUGCGAACCAAUUUUAUGACUAAAUAAACUACAGCUGUAGCGGAUCACAAAUCCAGAAUAAUUAGCCGCGAUAAAUCUCACAAUAAAUUUGUCACGUUUUAAGUCUUAUGACAUGUUGCCAUGCUAUAUAUUGAUUGUGGGAAAUAUUAAGGAUUUGUUUUACCUCAUUUGAUUUGGAUUCAUAACCAUCCAGUUUUAAAGCACCUAAGAUUUAUUUAUUUAUAAUUACUUACUCUUUCACUUCAUGUUCACGGAAUUACCUGAAUAUUCUAUUUUUAAAUUAAAAUUUUUAAAUUAAAAUACCUUAUUUUUUUAAUAUAUUUUCAGUUCUAUAUAUACACUCUGUGUAUGUAUAUGUGUGUGUAAUUUUUAGUACAAAAUGCCAAAAGUCAUUAACAACUGAAGUAACACCUGUCAUCACCUGUUUAGCUUUUCCUGAAAUUUAAUGUUUAAUAUCUAUGACAGAUUCAGCCAGACUCAUUGCUGUUUAUUAUAUGAGCUCAUAAGGUAAUUGUGACUAAUAUAUACUAUAUAGUCACCACUACCUUUUAACUAUAUAGACAAAGUAUGGCAUUUAGUAUUUAGGGAUUAACUGUAGAAAUAAAUUUUAAUUGGAUCGACUGCAGCAUUUGCUCCUGUUUUCAAGGGAAAAAAAUAUUUUUGAUAGUGACUAAAUGUAAUUGUUAAAUGUGACAUUUGAAAAUUUGGAAUAUAGUUUAGAAAUCAUGCUUAGUAAAAGAGUAAAUCGUCAGGGUGUACAGUACUGCGCAGAAGUCAUUGGUAGUCAAAGAAAAUGUUUAAGUCUAUUUAUCAUGGUAGUAAGUAACACAAAUUUUAACAUUAGAACAUUAACAAUUAAAAAUAAAUAAAAAAUGCUUCCGUUCCCAAACCCGUCCUGGGGGGCGCCGCUGUCAUUCCAUUUAUUAAAUUUCACAAUCAGCUCAAUUAAUUAAUUAAUUAUAUUAUAUUCGUUAAAUAGCUCACGGGGUAUUGAUUAGACAAACAAGGCAUGUGAGUAGCCAAGUGAAAAACACUUGGGCAUGUUACAUAGUUACUGCAAAUGCCAGUGUGACUUUACAAGAGAAAUUAUUAAGCUGACAUCAUACUUUUACACCAACCUGACGAUCUUUUAAGUACCAUUUUCUUUGGUUACCUGAGACUUUUUGCACAUUACUGUAAGUCACCAUUCUUCUAUGGUUUUAAUGUGGGAUAAUGUGUCUCUUUGUCUUGUACAUUCCACAACGAAGGCUACAGAGUAAAUCAUUGUGAUUUUGUGCACCGUCGCUGUAGGCUGGCAUAGCUGAUGUGAUAAUCUUAUAGACAUCAUAUCAAAUGGAUGAUCUAUGCACAAUAAAAGCAGAUUCUUAUUUGUGUGUGAUGCACUCUCGUGGUUUAUGUAACGUACCGUCUUGUGAGCUUUGCUGUCGUAAAUACUCUUGCCACAAAUUAAAUGACAAGCGAAUUCAAAA